AUGGACGACUUUGGAAGUCGUGUCAGUCGCAAUGUCGGGGAAAGAGAGCCCCUCUUGGGCAGGCAAUCUCACCACAACCGAGAUCAUCAGAUCAGAGAGGCUUCCUCGAUGACCACCCGCCCUACCUUUGGUCAAUGGAUCAAGCAGUCCUGGGUUGAUGUAGUUACAAUGCUUGUGACCGGUGUAGUUGGACAAAUGGCAUAUUUAUUGCCUCCAGUGCCAACCCGCUACUUUGCAGUUACUUCCGCAGACGAUCAGGUUGUCUUCCCUGAACUCGCCUACCCAAUGCGCAAGGUGAUUGUCCCCAUCUGGCUCGCCACCUUGCUUGCCGCCGGCAUACCCGCCACAUGCAUCCUGGCUAUGCAGAUCCGGUACCGGUCCUUCUGGGAUGCCAACAAUGCCAUAAUGGGGCUCCUGUAUUCUCUCGUUACGGCCGCGGCUUUCCAGGCGCUCCUCAAGUGGCUCAUUGGCGGUCUCCGGCCCCAUUUCCUUGCCGCUUGUAAGCCGGAUAUGCGGCUAGUAGCGGCUGCAUAUGCUGAGAAGAUGGGCGGUGCCUGGGAUCUGGAUAGCAACAAGGAGAGUCACCACGGAGACGGUUUUGGAAAUCUUUACUUUACGAGGGACAUUUGCACGGGCACUUCAUGGGAUGUCUCCGACUCUCUCGAGUCCUUUCCGUCUGGCCACACCACGGCGGUUUUUGCUGGAUUUGUCUUCCUGUCCCUCUAUUUUAACGGCAAGCUGAAGCUAUUUGCUGACCAUCAUUCUGCUAUGUGGAAACUGAUUUUGUUCCACCUCCCAAUUCUGGGUGCGAUCCUUGUUGGCGGAAGUCUCACUAUAGACUUCUCUCAUAACUGGUACGAUGUGAUCGUUGGAGCAAUAAUUGGCACGACGAUGGCUGUAUGUUCCUACAGGAUGGUAUAUGCCUCCGUUUGGGACUGGAGGCUCAAUCACAUCCCCUUGCGCCGAGACAACACCAAGGUGGGUGAUAUUGGGGAUAUGUUUCUCCCGUACGGCGACCACCAGGGGAGGAAGACGCUUGAUAAUGAUAUCCGUGCUACCUAUGCGACACCAGAAAAUGUCGCAAUUGGCAAUGGUUUGGAUGUCACUCCAUGA